CUAAUGCUGUGUUGGAUCUGCCGAAAGAUACUCCUUCUUUGGAGUCUAGCGAAGGUCUUCGCCAGCUGUCACUGGAUGCUCAGACCGCCGAUCCUCAGGUACGGGAUAUCCUCAAGAAGCUCAGAGCUGCUGAUGGUGUUAUUGACGGUUAUGAGCUCUAG